AUGGGGCCCUUGGUGGCCUCUGACCCUGGCACCGUGCCUCCUCAAUUCACUGGAAAAUUGCUUCGUCUGCGGAAGGAGACCGCGGCCGAUGUUUCAUACACGGAGAUCGUCCAGAAUUUCAACACCAUCGUGCGACCGCUCUUCAGGCCCGAGGAGCUCAUUGAUCAAAGCCUGACUCGGCUGCCCGAGGGCCUUAUUCAACGCUGCAAUGAACAGCUCCUUGCGGCCGAGGUGGAUGGGACGCGACCCAAAAAACGGCAUGGGGGGUAUUUGUGUCCGGCCGAGCCCUUCGGACUUCUCAUCACGGACAUGACCACCUUUAAUGAGCCGGGGGCAACACUCGCUGAGUUGAAACCGAAGUGGUUGACGCAGUCCCCGUCGGCACCUUCGACUUCACGCCGAUGCCGCACCUGCGCCCUGCGAGAGAUGAAAAAUCAUGACGCGUGGAGUCUAGGACACAAGGAGCAGAGAUCUUUCUGCCCCUUGGAUCUCGUGUCCGAAAGUUAUGAAAAGGUGCUCCGUGCAACAACCUUCAUCAAAGGGUGCACCGACCGACCUCGCCUGGCGCGUAUCUUGUUCCGAAAUCCUACCCUCCAGAAGCUCGAAUCUCUGCAAAAGUCCAGGCGUGAGGUCGGCUUGCUGGGGCCCCCAGCACAGUCUCGUGAGAAAUCCCUCGACAUGACUCUUCGGGAUUGCACCAUGUUUAUCAAGAUUCCCCAAGACGAAAAGUUGCCUGUCGAGAUCCGCCUCGGUGACCUGGAUCUGAAAACUGGCGCCGGGGGCAAAGCCAAGUAUUGGAGAGGCCUCGAAAUCCAAUUGAUUGACGGCGGCUGGUACCACGGAUCCAACGACAGUCAAGAUCCCAGUGAAUGCACUCUGCAGCAUUUCGCCCAGUCAUAA